AUGGCAACCGCCGAAACCGCUGUAGCAAGCGGCUUGCCGCCCCAAUGGCAGCGCUGGUUCGACAGCCGUCUCGCCGCGCUCCACACCCACUCCCUUCUCCGCCGCCUCCGCCCGAUUGACCUUAUCCGCGCGCCCGUUCCGCUUCCCCCCGCGCUGGUUUCCCCCGGCGCGGUACCAUCUUCCGGAAAAUCGGCGGAAGACUUUGCGCGGCCCCGGGAAUGGGGGGUUGGCGCACGGGAUGGGGGGAAUGUGGAGAGGGCACAAGCAGGGGAGGGAGCGGAUGAGGAUUUAAUCGAAGCGCCAUGGUGGGAUGUGGCUGCAGUGGAGGUUCUUAUAUCGGAAGAGGCGUUUCAGCGAUGGCUUGACGAACCAGCAGGAGACGGCGGGCAAUGGUUCCCAUUACCCUCUAUACAGUCACACGGAACACCCGGCCUUCUACCAUCCGCGUUUUCCACACCUUCCAAGCCUUCCCCUUCAUCAAACUCCCACUCCUCGUCUUCCCCUUCCCCUCACCCUUCCCCCUCCCCUCAUCCACCCUCCGCCAAUGACAAUUCCCGCGCCUCCCCCCGCCGUCUAGUCCUCUUCUCGGCUAACGACUACCUCGGCCUCGCCUCACACCCGCGCGUCCGCGCUGCUGCAGCCAAGGCAGCAUGGCAGCAGGGCAUGGGUCCGCGGGCGUCUGCCCUAGUAACUGGUUUCACAACGGAGCAUGAGGGGCUGGAGCAUGAUAUAGCACGGCUCAAAGGCACACAGGCAUGUCUACUCUGCCCGACUGGUUUUGCUGCCAAUCUUGCUGUUCUUGCUUCUCUAGCGCCAGUCCCUCGCUCCAAGAGCAAGGACAGAAGCAACAGUAGGAAUGGCAGCGACAGCAAUGACAGGAGGGGGAAUGGGGCCAUUGCUGCUGGUUCUGAAUGUGCCUCACGCAGCGAGAAUAGUAGCAGCAGCAGCGGCAGCUUUAGAGGCAGUGGUGGUGACAGGAGUGUGGGCCACGGGCAGAGGCGAACAGAGAGGGUAGAGGAGGGCCGUGUAGACUCCUUGAGUUCAAUUGGGGAAUCAGACUCGUUGGCAGUGUUUUCAGAUGAGCUGAACCAUGCCUCUAUCAUCGAUGCCUUGCGCCUGCUGCUGCCGCGCUCAGAGAGGGGCAGUGCAGGGGAGGGGCGCGCUGGUGGUGGUGCUGUUGCUGCUGUGGCGCUGCAUGUGUAUCGGCACAACGACAUGACACAUCUAGAUCAGCUGCUCACCGCAUCAUCUGCUACCAGAAAGCUAGUCGUCACAGACAGUCUCUUCAGUAUGGAUGGAGACUUUGCUCCUCUGCCUGCUCUCGCAGCCCUCAAGGCCAAGCAUGGCUUUCUUCUCGUGCUCGAUGAGGCACAUGCGACGCUAGUGUGUGGCAGCACGGGCGGAGGAGCAGCGGAAGAGAUGGGUGUGAAGCCGGCAGUAGAUGUGCAUGUGGGGACACUCAGCAAGGCUGUGGGCUGCUUAGGGGGCUACAUCGCUUGCUCCGCUCCCCUGCGGGACUUCUUUGCUUCACGUGGCCGCUCCUUUAUCUUCUCCACUGCUCUGCCUGUCCCCGUGGUUGCUGCUGCCAGAGCGGCUCUGGCAGUGGCAGCGGAGGAGCGGUGGAGGCAGAGGGCCGUGUGGCGGCGGGUGAAGCAGCUGGGGGAAGGCCUGGGAGUGACCUUCACGAGCCCCAUCUGCCCCAUUGUGCUCGGCUCUGCUGACCUAGCUCUGCAAGCCAGCAGGUGCGUUCAGAAAGCCUUUGAGGCGUUUCAAAAGGCCUGGGAGUAA